AUGCAUGAAAGUGUUGCACUAAAGUACGCACGGACAGUCAAAAAGUGUCGUCGCAGUCUUCACGGCACUCACAGACUUCGUGGGCCUUUAAGACGUGAUCGCGACACUGGGCUGUGCAUUCCAAUUCUCUACCCCUCUAUUACUUCGAAGUGUUGUACGUCCCCACCCCUUCGCGUUUCCAACUCCGCCGGUGCUACGCCAGUUCGUGGGGCAGAGUGCGAAAUCAGAUUUCGUUCUACCUACUCGCCUGAGCUGUCACGCCCCCCUUCUGCAAACAGUGCUGAGCUUAACAGCGGAGGAAAAUUAGGUGAUGUAGUUUCCGUCUUCUCCCCUCCUGGACCUCCCGCUUCACCUGUUCCCAGCCCUUCAGGUGAACCCUGCACCGGAUCACCCUCUCCAGCCUCCACUGACCUCUUCAGUGCUCCCCCGGCACCCAACAUUAUUAGAGUCAAAUUAAGAAAGCGCAGAAACGCCAUCUGCAGUCAGACCCCCAUGGCCAAGGGUCUUCGUGAUUUUCUCGUCUCUUACAUUGUUUCACAUCUAACCGAUUCUAUGACUUCUUCGCUCAGUCUAACAGCAGCGGCGGCCGCUCAUUCAAUGAUGGAAGACGAUGGUAAUGGUGAGGGGGGAGAUUCUCCGCGUUUAGCAGCAGAUUCGGAUUUGUAA